AUGACACAACACAUUUUAUAUUUAAAAGUUAAUUUCUAUAAAUAUAAAAAAAUAAAAAGGCCCAUGCACAAAUUUAGCAUAAUAUUUUGGAUAUCUUUUAUUUAUUCAUUAAAAAUAAUUUCAGUAGUUCCACAAAAAUUUAAAAUGUAUGAAAUUGAUUUGCGAAGUAGUUCUCCAGUA